AUGAGAUGUUUUAUCCUGCAUAAUGUGGCUAAGCACCUUAAUGAUGAAGAUUUUGCUGUUUAUAUACCGGGAGAUGUCGAACAAGAAGAAAUCCAUAACCAACAUACUGCCGACUAUGCAGAUGGAGUAAUACGUCAGAGAGAAGGCUCCUUACUGGGUCCGGCUUUCAUUGUGGUAGCUUUCAGUACUGGUCCUGCACUUCCAGAUGCUUCUUCGGUGAUUGUUUCUUCUUCAGCACAGGCUGUUGGAGUGUAAUCAACGCUUUUUUGUGGGCAACCUGCCACAGCAGCACCUAAAAUUUAAAAUAUAUGCUAUUUAUAUUUAUUGACAUGUAUAUAUAUUAUACUCAAUCACAUCUUAUACCUACUGUAUGGAAAAACAAAAAAAUACAACUAACAUUGCAACCAAG